AUGGCUUUCAUCGCUUCUGCUCUUAAGGCUUUGUGUUUGUCUCUGUUGUUCAUCGCCGUUGUUGCAAGUCGUCCAACCACCAGGCCAAAGGUUUUUAACGUCCAACACUAUGGUGCUAAACCUGACGGAAGAACUGAUAACGCCAAUGCGUUCACAAGUAUAUGGAAACGUGCAUGCGCAAGGAAAAGUGGAAGUAGUAAAAUCUACGUACCGAAAGGAAAAUUCUAUCUCGGUGGUGUGGAGUUCAUAGGGCCAUGCAAAAAUCAGAUUGAAUUCGUUAUCGAUGGAAUUUUAUUGGCACCUUCAAACCCUAGUGACAUUAAAAAUGAAACGUGGAUCAACUUCAUGCACAUUAACAAUCUCUCAAUCUCUGGUGCUGGUACACUCGACGGUCAAGGGAAAGAGUCUUGGCCUCGCAAUGACUGCUCCAGAAACACCAGCUGUCCUAAACUAGCUAAGACCAUGGGAUUUGCAUUCGUGAAUUACUCAAGCAUCACUGGGAUAACAUCACUCAACAGCAAAAUGGGACACUUCGACUUCUUAUCCGUCCAUCACUUCAACAUUACCGGCGUCACUAUAACAGCUCCUGGAGACAGCCCCAACACCGACGGGCUCAAGUUCGGAUUCUGUAGUGACAUUCACAUCUCCAACACAAACAUCGGUACGGGAGACGACUGUAUCGCCAUUCUUUCCGGAACCACUAACAUGGAUAUCUCUAAUGUCAUGUGUGGUCCUGGACAUGGGAUCAGUGUUGGAAGCUUAGGGAAGUACAAAGAGGAGAAGGAUGUGACUGGUUUAACGGUAAGACACACGGUUUUUAACGGCACAAGCAAUGGUAUUAGGAUCAAGACUUGGGAAUCUUCAGCUUCUAACAUCGUUGUUUCUAACUUCGUGUACGAGAAUAUUCACAUGAUUAAUGUUGGAAACCCAAUCAACAUCGAUCAGAAGUAUUGUCCUUACCCACCUUGUGAAAAGAAGGGAGAGUCCCACGUUCAAAUCCAAUACAUAUUGUUAAAGAACAUACAUGGAACGUCAAAGAACAAAGUUGCGGUGAAUCUACAAUGUAGCAAGAGCUAUCCGUGCAAGAACAUUGAGCUAAUUGACAUAGACCUAGAGCAUAAGGGAAGUCCUUCCACUGCGGUAUGUGAGAAUGUUCACGGUUCUGCACAUGGCAAGAUGGUUCCUCAACAGUGUCUGAAUUGA